CUUUUCAUAGGCCGAUCCUUCACGUGAUUGCUCGUGGCCAAUAAGAUUCGUAAAAUCCUGCCAACUGACUAACCCCCCCUUGAUAACUAAAGAUGGCAGCUCCGGCAGGUUUACUCACAAAAAGCUUGUCAGCUGUCUUGUUUGGACGGACCUUGCUUGGUUCCUUGCUGCGACCAACCUAUGUUGAACCAUGCCGGGGCAUGGCAGCCCGAAAGGGCACCAGAGAAAAGGCGAGGAAAAAGAAGGUGAAGGUGGAAAUCCAGAAAGUUGCGUUUGACCCUCUCAGUCAAAGAGAGAAAAAAAAUAAAAUGGUUUUCAAACCAAAGAUGGUCGAUGACUAUUGGCGUUUUGUGCCUGAGGAUGAUGUUUACGCUCAGAGAUUUUUCCGCCAGAAGAGUAUCACUUUCGAGCAAGCUGUGCUGCAGCACAGAGAGACGCAUCACCCAACCAUGUAUAACAGACCAGACAGUUUGCUCCGCUUAAGAGUAGAACUCGACAUGCACGGAGAGAAAAAGACCCGUUUCGUGGGCAAACUUGUCGGAUUGGUCGACACGCCUCAUCCCUUUGACCAGGAAGUCAAGCGCACUAUUGUAGUUUUCACCAAUGACACCACGGCCAGGAAUAAAGUUUUGGAAGCUGGUGCACACCUCGUAGGUGGCUCUGAGCUAAUAAAGGGCAUCCAGUCUGGAGAUGUCACCCUUAGGAAUGCAGAUUUCGUCAUAGCGUCGCCGGAUAUCAUGUCAGAACUAGCACCUUUGAGAGGAAUCUUUAAAACCAAGUUUCCUCACCAGAGAAAUGGGUCUAUAACUGAUGACGUAUUAGAUGCGACAAGAAAAUUCAUGUAUGGGAUCGAGUAUGAGGUGGAGAAAGAUGACAGGGAGCCGGAAUUCGGCUGGCUUGAGUGCUCUAUUGGGAAGCUUGACAUGCCAGUGGAGCAGCUGAAAGCGAACAUGAUGGCACUGAUACAGGACCUCAACUCAAAAUCUCCUCCAAAAAAGAAUGAGCCGCUCAUCUGGCGGCUUUAUCUCUUGUGUCCUCCAGGAUUUGAGAAAUUCAAAUUGGAUCUCUUUGAUAUCUUAGGAAUUAAAGAAAGAGGAGUUGUGAAGGAGGAGGUUGAAGAGAAAGCUCCGCCAAAAAGUGAGGACGAUGAUGAAGCAGUGGCAGCGCGGCAAUAAUUUGUGAUAGUUUGAAAUGAAAGAUUAAUUAGUUGUCAACAGAAAAUAGAA